ACGUGUUGUGUUUGAACUGUUUGAAGUUGUUUAAAGUGUUUAAUUCAGUGAUAUUAUCAGAAAACGUACAUACAUUUUGUAUUUAAAUCAAUCACCUCAAAAUGGGUUCCAAAAAACAUAAGAAGGAGUCAAAAAAGAAGAAGCACAGGAGUCGGUCGCGGUCUCCUUUGGAAGGCGAAGAACGUGAACGGAAAAGGCACAGAAAACACAAGGAUCGCAAAAAGGACCGGUCCCCAGACGUUGAGGAGGUGCCAGUGGAUUCUCAUUUAACGGAGCGGUACGAGCCGGGCUUCGAGUCGUCGCCUAGCAGCAACGGCGAGCGCGAACGUGAGCGAGAACGCAGCUUGCGCAGGGAACGCGUGCGCGAUGAUCCAGUCAGCACGCGUGAAGUCAGUUACCCGCGGGACAGUUACUCGCGCGAAUCGUCACCUCGCGCAGGUGGCAGCACGGUAGAGGGCGCCGGCGCGGGGGAGAGUCUCUCCAUCGAGGACACGAACAGACUGCGAGCCAAGCUCGGGUUAAAGCCUCUAGAGGUUCAGCAGAAACCAGACGAUGACGGCAAGUUCAAAGAUGAUUUGGGGGAGUUCUACCACAAGCCGGCCGCGAACCUCGCGCAGCAGCGACGCACCGAGAAAAUACGCGAGCGGCUGGAGCUGCGCAAAGAAAAGAGACAAAUGGAAAUGAAAUUGCAAACAACUCUGCUGGCAGAAGGCUCCGACGAUGAAGACGCGUCGGCCUGGGUGAACAAGUCUCGCGACAUUCAGAAACAGAAACAGGAGGCUGCUAAGAGGGCGGCCAUGCUGGACGAGAUGGACGCAGUGUUCGGUGUGUCAGCCCUGGUCGAAGAGGAGGAGCGCGCCGACCGGUCCCUAGCCUACAGUGCCGCUGCGCUGACGGGCCUGCGGGUCGCACACGACCUCAACUCUUUGGCAGACGAGCGCGACACGGUGCUGACGCUGGCGGACAAGGACGUGCUGGCCGAGGACGCGGAGGACGUGCUCGUCAACGUCAACAUCGUGGACGACGAGCGCUACAAGAAGAACAUCGAGUCCCGCAAGAAGGCCAAGACCGGCUACCAGGCGUACGACGACGAGGCGGACCUGGAAGCUGCCGCCCUGGGCUAUCAGAAGCCCGUGCUCUCCAAAUACGAUGAGGAAUUGGAUAAGGAAGCAGCGGAGAAGAGUCGCGGAUUCGUUCUCGGCGACCACGCGGGCAUCGAGGCGCAGCGCUUCCGAGACAUGAUGCGGCAAGAACGGCUACGUGGCGGGCCAGACAAGAGGCUGGAGACGCUCAAACUGCCCGAACUCAAGCUCGCGUCCGAUUACCUCAGCGAGGCAGAGUUGAACGCCAAGUUCAAGAAGACCAAGCGCAGGGGUAAGAUACGCAAGAAGGCGAAGGAGGAGCCGAUCGAUGUCGAUGAUUAUGACGCUGCCGCUGUACCUCUCGAAACCGACGACACAGAAGUAAAGGUGGAUCAGCUGAAGAGUUCGCUGGUGAUCGACGAGGAUGAGGUGGAAGUGGACUCCGAGCUGCAAACGGCGUUGGCCCGAGCGCGCCGCCUGCGGCAGGCCGAGCACACGCCCAUCGUGCCCAAGGUGGAGGAAAUCCUGGAAAGAGCGAAAGAGGAGCCCGUAGGCGAUGAGCCGGCCGACGGGGUCAUGGUUCUGGACGCCUGCGCCGAGUUCUGCCGCACGCUCGGCGACAUCCCCACCUACGGCCAGGCCGGCAACCGAGAUCAAACGCAGGAGAUUAUGGACUUCGAGCGGGAGGAGGCGGACCCGGAGCUGGAGGGCGGGGAGGCGGCGGGCGCGUGGAGCCGCGUGGACAUCGCGGAGGAGGCGCCCGCCGACCUGCUGGCGGGCGGCGCCGCGCUGGCGGCCGAGCCCGCGCUGGGCCCCGGCGUGGCGGGCGCGCUGCAGCUCGCGCUCAGCAAGGGCUACCUGGAGCGCGCCGGGGCGCAGCCGCAGCCCCGCUCCGCGCUCGCGCACCUGCUGCAGGCCCGGCACUACUCCAUCGAGGACAAGACGCAAGGCGAGGACGAUAAGCACGGGCGGCGCGAGCGCGGCGGCGGCGGCGGCGGGCCGCUCACCGAGUUCCGCGAGAAGUCCUCGUUCCGGCCGCGCAUCAAGCUGGAGUACGCGGACGACGACGGCCGCCCGCUGGCGCCCAAGGAGGCCUUCCGCUACCUCUCGCACAAGUUCCACGGCAAGGGGCCCGGCAAGAACAAGCAGGAGAAGCGCAUCAAGAAACAGCUGCAGGAGGGGCUGAUGAAGAAGAUGAGCUCAACGGACACGCCGCUAGGCACGCUACAGAUGCUUCAGGAUAAGCAGAAGGAGACGAAAUCAGCUUACGUUGUGCUGUCCGGUGCAAAGCGUGAUCCACCACGCUAACUGUAAUGUACCAGAUAUUGGUAAUAGUGGAUAUUAACCCUCUAAAUAUACUAGGCAUUUAGACUAGGA